CUGCCUGGAACUUCCCCACGGUUCUCUCAUGUAUCGGCGGUCUGUAGCUGCGGUGUUCCCGGGCCGUGUGUGAGGAUGAGGCCGGCUCGACGCUGAGUGCUGUCCGCCUCUCGGCUCCCUGCUGGCUGCAUGCUGCUCCGUGUCCCUCCGCCUGCUCUCUGACGCUGGAGGCUGCAGUCUGGCCUCCAGCCGCGGCUGCAAACCUGCUUCAUUCGUCCGCGUCGCCUCGCUCCCGCAUCAUGUUUGUUUUAUGAAGAUGGUGGUGAGGGGGACACUGUGAACUAAAUGACUGUCAGAAACAUCGCCUCCAUUUGUAAUAUGGGCACCAAUGCCUCUGCUCUGGAGAAAGACAUCGGCCCGGAGCAGUUUCCAAUCAAUGAACACUACUUUGGAUUGGUCAACUUCGGAAACACAUGUUACUGUAACUCAGUGCUCCAGGCUCUCUACUUCUGCCGGCCUUUCCGGGAGAAUGUGCUGGCCUACAAAGCCCAGCAGAAGAAGAAGGAGAACCUGCUCACAUGCCUGGCCGACCUCUUCCACUCCAUCGCCACGCAGAAGAAGAAAGUGGGCGUCAUCCCACCCAAGAAGUUCAUCUCCCGCCUACGGAAAGAGAACGAUCUGUUUGACAACUACAUGCAACAGGACGCACACGAAUUUCUGAACUACCUGCUGAACACGGUGGCUGACAUCCUGCAGGAGGAGAAGAAGCAGGAGAGGCAGAACGGACGCCUCAAGAACAAUGGCACCGCCGUCACCACGGAGACAGAGACGGAGAACAAGACCGAGCCCACAUGGGUUCACGAUAUCUUCCAAGGCACACUGACCAAUGAGACGCGUUGCCUCAACUGUGAAACGGUGAGCAGCAAAGACGAGGAUUUUCUGGAUCUUUCUGUGGAUGUGGAGCAAAACACAUCGAUAACACACUGUCUCAGGGACUUCAGUAACACAGAGACUUUGUGCAGCGAGUACAAAUACUACUGUGAGGCGUGCUGCAGCAAGCAGGAAGCACAGAAACGGAUGCGUGUGAAGAAGCUUCCUAUGAUCCUGGCCCUUCACCUGAAGAGGUUCAAGUACAUGGAGCAGCUGCACCGCUACACCAAGCUGUCCUACAGAGUGGUGUUCCCCCUGGAACUGCGUCUGUUCAACACGUCUGGGGACGCGGUCAACCUGGAUCGCAUGUAUGAUCUAGUUGCUGUGGUGGUUCACUGUGGCAGUGGUCCAAACAGAGGUCAUUACAUCACCAUAGUGAAGAGUCAUGGCUUCUGGCUGCUAUUCGAUGAUGACAUUGUGGAGAAAAUUGACGCCCAGGCCAUCGAGGAGUUUUACGGGCUUACCUCAGACAUCUCCAAGAACUCUGAGUCAGGAUAUAUCCUCUUCUACCAGUCCAGGGAGUGACUGAGCGCUGACAGAGGAUGACACUGAAUAGGAUGAAACUAUUUGUAUGUUUGACCCUCAGCCUAACAGACCCCAGACUCCUGCCCUCCUCCUCCUCCUCCUCCUCCUCCUCCUCCUCCUCCUCCUGCACCUCCUGCUCCUCCUCCACAUCAGACCUCUCUGACACAUGUGCCAUUCCUUUGCCAGUCCCAGUGUCAUCAGCCUCUGGGGUUUAUCUGUACUUCAUCUUUCUCUCUGUGCGUUUUAGUCACCUGCAUCUGGACUGCACUUUAAAACAAAAGCAAAAAAUGCUCAACAGCAUGACGGAAACAAAAUGGAGUGUACAUGCUUGGUAUAGACUAGUGGGAGAAGGAGGUGAUUCUCUACAAGGAACGAGAUGAGGUGAAGGGUCUGAUGCACAUACAGACAGCUGUCAGAAAUUGUACUAUAUCAUUUAUUUAUAUAUAACGUCCCCUUCCCCCACAUGAUUCCUCUCAUUGUCCCGGUCACUGUCCUUCUGAUGUGUUCAUGAAUGAAGUUGGAGACAAACACUGUAUACAAAGCAUCGAUAGAAUCUGAAGCAAUAAGUUAGCAUUAAUUAUUGAAGUAACAAGAUAACCACUACCUAACAGUCUAGAGAUUGUUUUGUUCUGUGAGCUGCACUGUGUCCACUUGACAGCUCAUGUUAUAACGAACCACAUACGAACCAAUACUUUGACACUGAAACACUACAAAGGAAAGGAAAGCCUUAAAGGGAUAGUUCACCCAAAAAUGAGAAUUCACUCAUCUACUCACCAGUAUGCCGAUGGAGGGGUGGGUCAAGUGUUUGAGUCCACAAAGCACUUGAGGAGUCUUAGGGGUAAACUUUGUUAGAGCAGAAUCCAAUACAAGGUAUUUCUCCAUACUGCUCGUGUGGUGUCAACCAUGUGUCCGCAAGCCCCGACAUUCAUAUUCGAUUCGAAACAACGUCAUUAACACCAUGUGUACAAGCUUAGCCACUUCAAUUGGACUUUGGGGCUAAAAACGUAUUGUAAGAGACCGAGUCAAAUAUGAAUGUUGGAUCUUGAUGACACUUUGAUGACCCCACAGGAGCAGUAUGGAAGCAUGUUGUGUUUUUCCUGUUUUCUUACGUCUGAAGAAGGACUCAACAUUGACUUAAAUUGUAUUGGAUUCUGCUGCAACAAAGUUUCCGCAUGAAACUCUAGAAGUGUUUUGUGGACUCGAACACUUCCGCCACCCCUCCAUCAGCAUAGUGCUGAGUAGACAUUCAUAUUUAAGUGAAAUAUCCCUUAAAGGUUGUGUUUUUCCUGAUCUUUAUGCAAGAGUGUGGUCUUUCCGUUUGAGAGAAGGACUUAUUAGUUCAUGCUCUCACUCAAAACCCUGUGCUCACACUCAAAUAUCCCUGCUUGUGCUUAGUUCUCCUGCGCUCCAGCUUCAGCUCUUCUUCUUGCACUUAUGCUGCUUCUGUGCAUGUGUGACAUGUCUGCUCAGAUUUUUACUUCUGCGCCAAAAUUCGCCAACCAAUAGAUUGCCAGGUGUAGUGAUGCAAAUGAUAUUACCGGGAAUCUCCUUUUGGUUACUUUUGCUGUUGGUGCUGUUCCCAUAAAAUACAGGGGAGCAAGAGAACCACGGCAGGAAAUCUUGGCAAAAGCUCAGCUUAUAUUUGAGUGUGAGCGCAGUUAAAUCUCCAUUCAAACCAGCUGCAUCUUUAUACUUUUAUGUUCUGAUAGAACACCCCUAUUUAUUGAACUUAACAUAUUUAUUGCUAUAUUAUUUCUAAUACGGACCGUUCGAUAAUAAAGGUGUUUGUGUAACGUGGCUCUUUUGAAAGCCCUGUAUGAUAGGACUGUGAGGUGGAAGCUCUCUGUGUGAAGGACGUGGUGUAUGUAAUGCACAACUUCAUAUGACAGCUAAAAAAAAGUUGCUUUUAUCGGUUUCCUUUCUUUUUUUUUUGCAUGUUAAAUAAAUAUGACGGAUUAACCUAAUGCAAGCGAGACACUACCUUCCAAUAAUCUUUGGAUUGACAUGAAAAAGUGAAACUAGUGCAAUAAGAGGUGAAUUGAUUCAGUGUGCAAUUUUCCCAGUGAGACUAAUAUACAGGACAUUUAAAUGUUGGUAGUAGACGUGUUUGUUUUCGGAUGAUUAUUUUUUUACCCGGUGCUGUGUGAGUGCUCGUGAUAUCAAAGUUAAUGCCCCCAUUUCACCAUGUGGAAUGCACACAAGCUGCUGGGAUCAUAGCUUCAAUGUUCUUUCAUUCUUUUUUUCUUUUUUAAUUUCAUUCCUUUGUUGAUCCACAGCGUUGUUUUUCUCUCUGGGUUUGUCUCUGACCUUGAUGAUGUUGAUUGGUUGUGUAUGAGUCAUACGUAACACAUCUGAAACCUAAAUCCCAGGAUUCCAGAGGUGAAAUUCAAGCUGCAUUGUUGAGUAAUACAAUAUAACCCUUGUACUGUAGAUGUUUUCCCCAGGGUUUGUUGACCUGCCCUGUAGAAUAGAGCGACAUGGAAGAACUGUUCAUUUGUCCUUUUUCAUGUGAAUGACAUUCCUGUUUGCUGCACAUCACAGGAAAUUAGCAUUUCAAACAUCUCAUUAUAAUUAAGAGGUAGGAAUAGAGUUAAUUUUCUGCUUUGUCUGCGUCCAAACGGGAGAGGCAGAAUUUAGAGUGACAACGGUGAAACUCUGGGUGUUCAUGCGCUUGUUUAUGUGCCGUCUCCUCCGUGUAGUUUGUCAGCAGGUGAGGUCACGAGGAAUACGUGCCAAACUGGAGUCGAUCUGACAUUGCAACAGUCCAACAGAACAUUCUUUUCUUUGUAAAGACACAAUUGUACAUGUAUAUUAUGUAGAAAAACACGUCUGGAAACAUACAAAAUAAUAUUUUUUUAAAGUGCAAGAUUUUAGCUGAGCAUUAAUGAAACCCUGUUCAGAAGUAAUGUGCUAAUUUACAAUCACUUGAUCACAUAGUCAUCCGAACGGUGUGCAGAGGCAUACACCUCUGUUAUUUUUACUGGGUUGAACUGAGCCGCUUAGAAGACAGUAGCCGGAGUUGUCUGAGAUAUUUUGAGACUCAGGUGAGAAGAAAGGGACUUUUCAUGUGCUGAUCUUCCAUGAACAUUUAUGCACUCGCACGCACUGAGAUGCUCAGUUGUUGCACUUGCUCUUAUACAGACGGGUGAUGAAUUAGAAGGAAAACCCAACAGGACGUGUCUUAGGAAGAUGUUGGUCCACCAGGAGCUUGUAAAAGAGCUUCAGGGCACCACAGCGUUGACUCUACAAAUCGCUACUGGUGGGAUGGAUGACAUUCUUACUAAAGAUAUUCCCUUAUUUGGUGUUUUGAAAGAUCAUGAUUAUUAAGUUGGGUCAAGAUCUGGUUCACAAAGGCCAUGGCAUGUGAUUAAUUUUCAUAAUCACACAUUUCACCCAUCACUCUAGGCAUAGAUGGGGGACAUCUUCAUCCUCUUGACUCUGCUCUUUUUGCAGGUGUUUCCUUCAGUUCGUCACCCGUCUGUUUAUCUUACUGUGACAGUGUUCUACCUAUGAGGGCUCGGUCCUGCAGCCGGUAGGAUCUGAUAGAGCUGGUUGUGCAAGGGAAGGAGGAGAUGAAUCCAAGUCUCUGUUUUGGCUGUAAACUGAAAGUGCACUUUAUUAGCGAUGAGCUUCAAUGCUUUAAUAUGAAGAACCACAGUCUAAUACAUUCAUUUUGAGUUAUAUUUUCUUCUGUUCAAUAAAAUGACUAUCAAAUCAA